AUGGACCCCUACGCGGACACCCUGCAGCGGCUGCGGGAGGCCUUCAGCACAGGGCGGACGAGGCCCGCUGAGUUCAGGGCAGCGCAGCUCAAGGGCCUCCGCCGCUUUCUGGAGGAAAACAAACAGCUUCUGCAGGAGGCGUUGGCGCAGGACCUGCACAAGUCAGUCUUUGAGGCAGAAGUAUCCGAGCUCAUCAUAUGCCAGAACGAGGUCGACCUGGCGCUCCAGAAGCUACACACCUGGAUGAAGGAUGAGUACGUGGCCAAGAACCUGGUCUUGUCGCUGGACUCGGCCUUCAUCCGGAAGGAGCCCUUGGGCCUGGUGCUCGUGAUCGCCCCCUGGAACUACCCGGUGCACCUGAUCCUGGUGCCGCUAGUGGGCGCCCUCGCUGCAGGGAACUGCGUGGUGCUGAAGCCAUCAGAAUUAAGUAAGGGCACAGAGAAGGUCCUGGCUGAGGUCCUGCCUCGAUACCUGGAUCAGAGCUGCUUUGCCGUGGUGCUGGGAGGGCCCCAGGAGACCGGGCAGCUGCUGGAGCACAAGUUCGACCACAUCUUCUUCACUGGGAGCCCCCGUGUGGGCAGGAUCGUCAUGGCUGCCGCCGCCAAGCACCUGACGCCCGUCACGCUGGAGCUGGGGGGCAAGAACCCCUGCUACGUGGACGACGACUGCGACCCCCAGACCGUGGCCAACCGCGUGGCCUUUUUCCGCUACUUCAACAGCGGCCAGACCUGCGUGGCCCCCGACUACGUCCUGUGCAGCCCGGACACGCAGGAGCGGCUGCUGCCCGCCCUGCAGAGCGCCAUCACCCGCUUCUACGGCGACGACCCCCAGAGCUGCCCGAGCCUGGGCCGCAUCAUCAGCGACAAGCACUUCCAGCGGCUCCGGGGCCUGCUGGGCUGCGGCCGCGUGGCCAUCGGCGGCCAGAGCGACGAGAGCGAGCGCUACAUCGCCCCCACGGUGCUGGUGGACGUGCAGGAGACGGAGCCGGUGAUGCAGGAGGAGAUCUUCGGCCCCAUCCUGCCCAUCAUGAACGUGAGGAGCCUGGACGAGGCCAUCGACUUCAUCAACCGUCGGGAGAAGCCCCUGGCCCUGUAUGCCUUCUCCAACAGCAACCAGGUAGUGACCCAGAUGCUGGAUCGGACCAGCAGUGGCAUUUUCGGAGGCAACCAAGGUUUCACUCACCUGUCUCUGCCGUCCCUGCCGCUGGGGGGCGUCGGUAACAGUGGCAUGGGCAGAUACCAUGGCAAGUUCUCCUUCGACACCUUCUCCCAUCACCGCGCCAGUGUGCUCUCGCCCUCGGGCCUGGAGAAGCUCCAUGAAUUCCUCUACCCGCCCUACACCCACCUCAGGCAGCAGCUGAUAGGCUGGGCCUUGGGCUCCCACAGCUGCACCCUUCUGUGAGCUCCCGCUGGGCCACCUGCUACUGUCCUGCUA